AUGCCAAAUGCAUGUGGACCUCCACCAAGCGGCCCCACACUAACUAAACACGAUAACGAUAGAAUGCCCUUUCAAAAUCUGGAAAAUCAACGUCGUAGGCCCUUUUUCCCACUGCUCCUGGAGAUUGUGAUCUCUGAUAAUAGGACCAAGUUUUCUAAUAAGUGCUUCAAGGAAUUCUUGAAAGGACUCGACAUCUCACAGAAGUUCAAUUCAGUGGAGCACCCGCAAACCAAUGGCCAAGUAGAGGUGGCCAACAAAGUCAUCCUGAAAAGGCUCAAGAAAAGGCUAGACGAAGCCAAAGGACCUUGGUCUGAUGAGGUCGAUUCCGUACUCUGUUCGUACCGAAUGUCACCCCAGAGCUCAGUUGGGGUGACCCACUUCAAGCUAACAUACGGCCUAGAAGCCAUUACUCUUGUUGAGAUUGGAGAACCCAUCCCUCAGAGGAUCGUCGGAGGACAUGAUGAAACACCAGAGCGGGAUCUCUAA